UAUGGAACAGAAAAGUCAAAUCCAUAACUCUGCUUGACAAGAAAGCUAUCCAAUGACAUUGCAGCUUUCAUUUGGCUCUGAAAAUACCGGACCCGGGUGCGAACAAGCUGUGACGCCGAAGGAAAAGGAUUUGAAAUCAGACAAAUAUUGUAGCCUUCCUCCAUAAUUUACCAGACAACAUUCUACACCGGUCUCGUCUUCGCAUAGCAUGGAGGCUGAUGGCCGAGAGUUGGUGUGGCCGCCGCACGCCGACAACAACCAGCAGCAGCAUGUGCAACUUCAGCAACAUCAUCCUGUUAUGAGCCCCAUGCAACAUGAUGGUGUAUCCAGCUCAGACAAUGCAUUAGAAAUACAUCAUCCAUCUGGUGAAGGUGUGAGCGGGAUGGGCUCCAGGCAUGCUCCUGCAGGAGACAAUGAACCAGAAUCAACAGUCCAGGGGCUCGGUGAAGCGAUAUGUAACGAAGCAGCCGCUGCUACUAGAAGAGAACAGCAGGACCCAUCAGACAAUGAGGCUAUCCCGAUAGCCAUCACCAUCCUACCAGACUCAAGCUUAUCAACAAACUCCUCCCAUAUCAUCACCAUGGAUACUGCAUCAACAGCUGACCAAUCACAGAGCACGGAACCCAGUCAGCUGAUAGACCUUCCCACCACCCAGAUCAGUGUUACCCUCAACCCAGCGUCGGUAGCACAGAUCAUGCAGAAUGGGCAAGUGAAUUCAGGGCUAGUGAACAUGAUUGAAAAUGUUAGACCAGAAGACAUUGCCGGCCCAUCUGGGUUGAACCUGGUCCAAAACGUACCCAGGAACAGGCCUGAGAGGAAGGCUUCUAAAGCAGUCCACCAACUUCUAGAUACUGAAGAAGAUGAAGAACAACCAGGAGCGCUUGAAGAUAGAGACCCCGUUGAUGAGGAGGAGUUCUUGCGUCAAGGAGCCAUUCAGACCAUAGCGGAUAAACCCAUCAUCUCAAGGGCUAGGGCUAGUCUCCCUCCCAUGCUACAAAUCUUCAAGGUUGAAAAUGAUCAGAUCGGUGUGUUUGCCAAGAGAACCAUUUCAAAGAGAACUCAGUUUGGACCCCUAGAAGGAAGAAUCGUUACCAGAGCUGAGGUUCCCCAGGAUCACAUGACAUGGAAGGUGAAGCGAAAUGGACAGGACAUGUAUAUAGACUGCGCUGACGAGUACGAAUCUAAUUGGAUGAGUUUCAUCAGGCCAGCGUCUUGCUACUCUGAGCAGAACCUGAUAGCUUUCCAGUUGAAUGGGACCGAGAUCUACUUUGCCACCAUCAAGAACAUCGCACCCCGGACUGAGCUACGGGUCUGGUAUGCCAAGGCCUAUGCAGAAACCAUUGGGGAAAACAUCCUGGAAAUCACAGCAGAGGAAGCUGCAGAAAUGCAAGAAAAGGAGAACACAUGGCCAUGCUUUGAGUGCACACGUAAAUUCAGAACCUCAGAGCUCCUACAGAAACACCUGUCCACCCACGAUGCACCGCUCGUCAAGAGUCGAGGAAGAGGCAAGAGAGGAAGGCCAAGGAAGUAUCCCGAAGGCUACAAGCAACGGCAGCGCAAACUUGCGCAAGCAAAGCUGGAACACAUAAAGACAGAGACCAAGGAUGAGUACAACUGUGAUUUCUGCGAUAAGAAGUUUCCAAGAUUUUACAGUCUACAGCGCCACCUGGUGAAGCAUUCCGGUGAAAAGAACUUCACAUGUGAUGUAUGCAAUAAGACGUUUGCCCACAUAUAUAACCGUACGCGUCACAUGCGCCGGCAUAAAGAGAGAGGCGAGUUCUCUGGGCCACUGCCGCCAGUGAGGCGACGGAAGUCGGACCAACCCAGCGAUGGGACCCUUACAUUUUCUUGUGAACACUGUGACUUGGAGUUUGAGAGUGAACGACUGUUGAAGAUUCAUGUCAGCCUUCACUUUGGUGAGAAUCCUGAAGGAAUGAGAGAUGAUGGUGAGGAGGAUAUGGAGGAUGAGAUGGAAGACGGAGAAGUGGAAGAAGAAGAGGAUGAGGACGACGAAGAAGAUGAAGAUGAAGAAGAUGAAAUGGAUAUGAAGAUAAAGGAAAUCAAAGAAGAAAAUGGAACUGAUGGAUUCGUUGAUGGUGGAGAAGGAGUUGAUGCCAGCCAGGAGGGUCAGAGGCUUGUUGGUGGUGAAGGAGACGCAUCAUCCGUUGCUGCAGGACAGACUGCAGAGAACGAGGAAGAAGAACAGAGCAGCGUAGACACUAAAGGUGGUUUUGUCUGCCCCACUUGCACAGAGGUUUUUCCAUCCCAGAAGGAAUUAGCAUUACAUGCCACUGAUCAUGGCCGCCGACAGGGUUCCACUGGGGAGUUUGUAUUACGUUCCAAGACUCGUCCAACAUACAGAUGUCGAGAGUGCUUCAAGGUGUUCCGUAUCAAGCUACGUUAUGACCGACACAUGGACCUCCAUUUAAGGGAGCGGAAAAAAACUGUUCAGUGUGAUUUCUGUAACAAGUGUUUCUUGAACAAUUCAGCAUUGGCGGUCCAUUUGAAAACCCACAGUGGGACAAAGUACUACACAUGUCCUUUCUGCGAUGAAACAUUUGAUCGCAAUGAGCACCUGAAGCUUCAUGUCCAAACCCAUGCCUUUAAUGGAUACUAUACAUGUCCUCACUGUGGCAAGCGCUUCACUGAAUACAACCAGGUGAGGAAACAUAUAAGGGGUUUCCAUUCUUUGAAGGAGUUCCCUUGCUUGCAUUGUGACAAAAUAUUCCCUCGUCCAGACAAGCUAAAACUUCACAUGCUUCGUCACUCGGAUCAGAAAGAUUUCCUCUGUGCCAAUUGUGGCAAGCAGUUCAAGCGAAAAGACAAACUGAAAGAGCAUAUGUCCAGAAUGCACAAUCCUGAACGGGAACUACGGAAUAAGUUGCUAGCUGGGAAACCCAAGAAGGAACCCUUCAAGCCAAAGAUUCCUCCAUCUGAAAUGACAGCUUUUACUUUCAAGUGUCGUCUGUGCACCUUGGGGUUCAAGCGUAGAGGGAUGCUUGUUAAUCAUCUAGCUAAGCGCCAUCCAGAGGUUGCGCCUGACACUGUUCCAGAACUUAACCUACCGAUUGUCAAGCCGAACCGUAACUACUUCUGUGCAUACUGUGAGAAAGUCUACAAGAGCAGUAGCAAGAGGAAGAUACAUAUUAUGAAAAACCACCCUGGGGCUUCUGUUCCACCCAGUCUUCGCAAAACCAAGGGUGACCCCAACAGCCCAUUCGGUGACCCACACACAGCACCUGCAGGAACGACAACAACGCAUUACUUUGCGUGUGCCCAUUGUCCUCGGCAGUAUAGUACCAAGGCUAAGAUGAUGGACCAUGUCCGCAAGAAGCAUAUGGAACCUGUUCAGGCCGCAGCCAUGAUGAAUAAUCCUCAACAGUUGACUGUAGUCCAGGAGCAGACUGCAGUCCAAAAUGAAGGUCAACAGUCUGGGUCCAUCACGUUGGUGGCACAAGUACCAGAGAACAUUCAGCAAGCUGUCCAGGAGGUCAUCUCUCAAAAUCAGUCACAGCUUACAGCGAAUGACAUCCAGAAUAUCCAAAUAGCGACCGUCAACCCCGAUGGAAGCACAACCCUACAACCUAUCUUGCAACACCUUGGUGGGCAGGUCCUUGGAGGCCAGCCAACAUUACAAGUGGUUGUUGCUCAAAAUCAGAAUGACAACGCGUCAACCAGUGCUGAACGUAACUCUGACACCCAACCUACUAUCCGGUAUAUUGAAACAAGUCAGGUGCCUGUUGUCCAGACGGAGUCUGUCCAAGCCACCGACCUGCUAACCCAGGCCAUGUCAGAACUUUCACAGACCAUCAAUGAAUUCCGUCAGCAGCCCAAUGCAGAUUACCAGAACCUGGCCCAGAGGAUCAUGCAUGCACAGACCGGACUCCUAGGCCAAUCAACAUUCCAGAUAUCUGGUCAGCCACAAACUAUCACUGUUCCGGUUUCCCUUCAAGCAAACCAAGCAACCGUUGUCCAGAACCAGUUGCCUCAAUUAACUGUCACCCAGGCUGCAAUGGCUGUUAGCCAAGCUGCACUGGGCAUCAGCCAGCCAGUCGGUCAAGUCGCAACGACCGUUUCGGCCAGCCAGCCUAAUGCAGUCGAGGUGACGCAAGUCGAAGCGGGCCCUCCGACGAUCGAUGUCAGCCACCUUCGGCAGUCUCCAACACAGUUCCAAGCACCCACCCAGCUUCUUCAGCUCCAGUCUGUUGCCCAGAACAGUGUUCCUGUUGCAUCAUCUAUCAUCCAGACUGAAUCACAAGGGAACCCACACCAAGGAGUCCAGGUCCAACCAGGACAGGUCGAGAUCCAGGUCCAGAACCAACAAGGACAGACCCAACAGGUCUUCCUUGCUGCCCGCAACUGGGCCAACUUCAACCAGACCUUCAGAUAACUUGGAUUGUGUCAAUCUUACACCUAAAUUACACAAUGAAAAUAUUGCACGUAUGUGUAUUGCUGAGUGAACAAAUCGAGUUCUAAAAAAAAAAAAACAUAUCAAAGUGAAAUACUAGUUCUAUGAGCAAUUAAUCCCGAGUCAAUUUGAUCAAUUAAUCCCUAGUCAUUUGAUGGCAUGCUUUUCUAUAGCCUAUAUUGUUGUUACAUGUUUUCUACUUAGUUCCCAAACUCUGCAUCUGCUUUGUAGAAAAUGAGCUGGACAAUCGAUGAUGUGCAGAAAAAUCCCUCUCUUGACUGCUCGCUACACCAAGAAAAGCAUGUGUUAAUGAAAUGAAUAUUUCAAGCAGUCCUGAAUUAGUUUAAUCAACCUUUGUUGUUCUAAAUAAGCUUAAUGGGGUAUGAUAAACAAUUGACUCCUUCCAGUCAUUUCCUAUCAAACUAGAUUUCUAUACCUGGGGCCUGUAACACAAAGCUAAGCAAUGAUUGUGGAACAUUCUUCUACGAUUGAUUCCAUUUACUCCCGGGGGGGGGGGGGGCCACCCACAUU